CGGGACGGUCACUGUCAGUGUGGGUACGAGGUGUGAAGUGUAAGCGUAAAGCGGCACUGCAUGAAGCUGCUCAUUUUUACGCUGACAGUAACUCUCCUCUCGGAAAGUCAAGUGGAAUGAGUCAUAAUGUCACCCAGACGAAGUGAGGGGGUCAGGGUGUAUGGCGUCCAGCUAUUAACUUUUACUCUACUGGUCCCGAUGGCCGUUGCAACACUGAGGGUACAUCAGAACCGCUUGAACGGAAGCGUGGACCAUUCUGUGCUCCUACCCGCCUCUUACACAAUCUCGGACCCACGGGGUUAUCUGCGGAUCAAAUGGAGCAGGGCUGGGAAAAGAAUUGUGGAAUACAGAUGCAUAUCAGAGCGAAACAGCAACUCAGAUGAAUGCAGCCACGUCAUGUCUUACUCUGAUCUCUAUAAACACCGGGUUGUUCUUUUCCCGGAGAACGCUUCGCUGCUGCUGAAACAUUUGCAGAUUAACGACAGUGGCCUUUAUGAAUUAUCUGUUAGCCAGGCAAGAGGAAUCGAAAGAGGAAGCUUUAACUUAGUUGUCCAGGCUGACAACGCAAAUGAAACCGGCCACGGGGAGAUAAUGGAUACAGCCAAGAAGAUAACUCCAGGAUUCAAAGACAAAAUUCGAUAUGUUACUCUUACUCUUAUUUUGUUUUUCUUGUGUUUUACCAUGAAGAUACGGAGAGAUUCUAAACGAGCUCAAAAACGAUCAAAAAGAGGAAAUGCUUCUCAGAAUGGUCAGAAUCCAACAACAAGCAACCCCAUGGUAAUUUAUUCUGACAUGAACUCAUCAGAAUAUGCAGGAAUUACGGGAAAAGCGGAUAAGUGGUGAAAAACCAGAAGGCGGCCAUUUUCAGAAACUGAGUAAUUAUUCAUAAAAUAAUGUUAACCUUGUUUGUAUGAAUUGUUUUUAUUUGCUCAAACAAAAUGUGUAGACAUGUUACCUACACACACUAAGCAAUAAUUGGCCGGUGGACAAGAACUUAUCUCCUGGUGCUUGUGGUCUGGAGAAUGGAAUUUCUCAAUCAAAUUAAGGAAAAGUGCAUUUGAGAGAAUUUGCUCCAAGUCUUCAAUGUAUAUUGUCAACACAUACGCUUGAAAAGGUGUUGCAUUCUCAUCACCGAAACAAAUACCUCCUGCCCCUGGGAGUCUCUGUCUACAUCUGAGUCUACCUGAACUGAAGCCAAUCGUAACUGGAGGGUGAAACUUAAUUUGACACUAAUUAAUGCCAAGAGGUUCAUCUUCUACAUUUUCCUAGUGUUUGGUUCUAACAUUACAAAAGUCAAUUUCCACUGAGUCUACAACAACUUGAUUAUAGUCUACAUUGUAAAUUUUCUUGUUUAAUUUUCUUUUAACUCUAUGUUUGUAUAAUCACCUGUUUGCCUAUAAAUGCUCAGUGGAUUAUCAGUACUUUCUAUAGUUUCUUUGUCUGCAGCCUAUGACAUGCCAUAAAUUGAACUUUCUCAAAGGCUUUUCUUAUCAAAAGAAUUUUCUUAUCUGUAACUUAAGAGACUGUGCAGAUGCUGGAAAUCCUGAGCAGCACACACAAAAUGCCGGAGAAACUCAGCAGGUCGAGCAGCAUCGAUGGAGAGGAAUAAACAGUCAAUGUUUCAUCAGAACUCCAAGCCUGACUGUUUAGUUUGAAGUAGUUUUCAGUAUAAAGAUAUCCACAGGUUCUUUGCUCUUUGUCUUUCUUCAUUACAGAAGACUGAGUUGGUUAUUGUUAUUUCCGUGUUAUGAGACUUAAUAA